GCUGCCGCGGAGGGAAAGCGGGCGAGCGGAAAGAAAAAGGGAUGCGGCCGUGAUUUUCAGGGCAAACCUCUGGACGGUAUUUGGUAUCCCCUCCCCCCCAAAAAAGUAUCAUCAAGCUAGGCCUUGGGGGGGGGGGAUUCCUGAGGCUGGGGACUUCCUGAAUCCGGUUUGGUCGAGCCUUGCGGGUACUGAAAGUCUUUGGGACGGUAAGGCCGCGCGAGGACACAUUGUUGCUACGAUUAAGUUGGGAUGCCGGGGAGAUGCGUUGAAAUCUCAAACCCAUAGAAUCGCACUCAAUGGGUAUACAACCCUCCCUGUGGUGACUCAACAAAGGAAAGGGGGAGAAUUUGGAUAUGAGGCGGCUGUGCGAGCUUCUUUUUUUCGGGAUGAAAUCCUGUGCACCAACUUUUCUCCAAUCUGAUGCGCCCAUCGGAAUUAAAAUUGGAUCAUCUUGAAAUCUUCAACAACAACAUUUAAGAACAAAAUUUCCCUCCCCCCCCCUUGCUAAAUAUAGUAGUGAGAUGUUUCUUUUUCUUUUGCACCAAAGAUUAUUCAGAUUAAAAACCCCUACAGCAAUCGUUCCUUCAAAAAUAUAAAAGGCUACAGUUACUUUGUUUUGUCUCUAGGUUUGAUAUAAACUCAUGGAUUUUUUGUGAGACAGAAACUAUAACUUUUUUGCCAAUUUCUUUUUUUUUAAUUCCCUUCUAGGGUUACUAUGAAAGUUACUUCUUAAAGAAGAUGUUGCUAAGUUAAUUUAAAUUGACUGUAUUACUCAAUGAACCCUUCAGCUGCAAUGAGAACACAAUAGUACAUUUUUAGAUUCCCUGCUCCUCACAAUUUGCCAAAUCCAAAAAAAGUAACUUUUCACAAGGAUACUACAGAGUCAGUGUUCUUCAAAGGGCAAUUACUUUGUUAUCUGAAAUAUUAUCUGAAUAUAUUCUAUUUGGUCAACCAGUUAAAAAGAUGCUCCGCUACUGGGGUGAGAUCCCUGUUUCCUCCAGUCAGACCAACCGCAGCUCUUUUGACUUGCUUCAGCGGGAGUUCCGCACUGUAGAGGUCCAGGAUCCUCCAUUGCAUCAACCUUCGGCUAACAAGUCUAAGCCCACAACCACGCUUGAUAGUCCUUCAGAGCCCUGUAGCCUCACCAUUCAUACGGUCCAGCUAAUCCAACAUAACAGGAGGUUGCGUAGUCUCAUUGCCACGGCCCAGACUCAGAACCAACAACAACUGGAGGGUAUCAAGAUGGAAGGAAGUGAGUCUUUGCCAACUUGUCCUGGGUCUCCACCUCUCCCUGAUGACUUGCUUACUUUGGAUAGUAAAACACCCAAUAUGCCAUUCCAGUUGAGGCACAGUGAUCCAGAAAGUGACUUUUACAGAGGCAAAGGAGAGCCAGUAAUAGAGUUGAGUUGGACCUCUUGCCGCCAGCUUCUGUAUCAAUCUAUAGCUACCAUUUUAGCUCAUGCUGGCUUUGAAUGUGCCCACGAAAGUGUUCUGGAGACUCUGACAGAUAUCGCUCAUGAAUACUGCUUGAAGUUCGCCAAACUUCUGCGUUGUGCUGUGGAUAGAGAAGCUCGGCUUGGACAGACCCCUUUCCCAGAUGUUAUGGAACAGGUCUUCCAUGAAGUGGGUAUUGGCAGCGUGCUCUCUCUGCAGAGGUUUUGGCAACAUCGAAUUAAAGACUAUCAUAGCUAUGUGCUACAGGUUAGCAAGCAACUCUCUGAGGAGUAUGAAAAGCUUGUAAACCCUGAGAAGGCAGCAGAAGAUUUGAAACCUUUGAAAAUCAAGGAAGAACCUGUUAGUGACAUCACAUUUCCUAUGAGUGAGGAGCUGGAGGGGGAUCUUGCAUCUGGAGACCAGUCCUUGCCUGUGGGAGUCCUUGGAGCUCAGAGUGAACGCUUUUCAUCCAACAUGGAAACUGAGGCCUCGCCGCAAACUUCUGGUGGUGAGGUGAACACUUCUCCUCUUUGGAACUUGGCCCCAGUAAAAAUGGAACCACAAGAGAAUGAAGAAGGUAACGUUCACGGACACCAUGGAGUCCUAGGUGGUGAUGUAUUUGAGGAGCCAAUGUCAGGUAUGAGUGAAGCUGGGAUGCCACAGAGCCCAAAUGGUUCUGAAAGCAGUUACGGUUCUCAUUCCGCUGAUAGUUUGAUGGGCUCUUCACCGGUUUUCAACCAACGCAGCAAAAAGAAGAUGAAGAAGAUGUGAAUUAUAGCUGGGAAGUUCUGAGAAUGUGAACUAAUUCAGAAAAAAUUGGACUGUUAUCAAGAAAAUAAUGUUUGAGUUGAUGGAUUUGGCAGGUUGUGAUUACCGUUCUACCUGAGAGACUUUCCACCAGCUGAAGGUCUAGAUGGCUUUCAGUGGAGCAAACACCCUACAGUGACAGUUUUGGCAAAAAAGAGGUGUGGCUUUUGGUGAAAAAAGAUCAAUUCUGAUUACCCAUGGAAUCUUGUAAACCAGUGUAGUUUCUGGUCAGUUGGAUUUUAAGUAGUUUAAGCAAUGGUGCAAAUUGAAUUAAUGGUAAUAAUUUAAUAAGUGGUGACACUAUCUUUAACUUGAAGAGUGGAAACUAUGGAAGAGGCAUGAGGUAUUACGUCGUAAUGGAAAUCCGUAAAUUCCAUUUCACUUUUGUUACAUAUUAUACUUUUCAUUUUUGACUAUGAAUUUAUACUUUGAAGAACAGGUUUUUAAUACAGAAUUUUUGUUCCAAUAUAAUUACUAUUACCGUUGGUUUUUGCUCAAAAUCAUGGCUGAUACCUGCUUUUCCUUUUAAUGAACUAACUCACCAUAUUUAAAACUAAUACAAACUAGUGAAUUUUAUGUAUUUAUGGUUUCUAUGUUGUUUUAUGUUUUUAAUAUUUUUAUAUUUUGUUAUAUAGUACAUAUAUUACUUUGGUCUAUGAUUGCUGCAGUAAAAAGAACUUUAUGAACUAUAUGAAGCACUUUUUAAAAAAAAAAAUGUGCAUAAUUUUAUUUUCUUUAUGCUAGUCCAGAAGGCCAAUUUACUCAGAACAUUCAUCCAGCUCUGCAUACAAAUCUCCUAUGACUUAUUUCUUAAUUCUUUUUUACUUGCACUCUGAAUAUAUAAUUGAACCUAAAUUGAAUGCAGCUGGGAGUAAACUUUGAAAGAUAUGACAUCUUCAAAACCACUUUUAGUGAAGUUAUAUUAUAAUGUACUAUUCCUUUAUAAGUUUUUGUUUGUACCGUUGAUGCGCAAUGCUAAAUAUAUUUGAUCUGUGGAGGAUUUGUAUGAUACAUGCUUUUAAUUAUUGCUUUUUUUUAACCUACUCUUGGACAUCAUUUUUUAAAAUAAAAUUUCCCAUUUUUGAUCA